GAGGUGAAAAUCAUUUACUCGAGUGCAUCUUUGGUUUAAUUUCGCGCAGUGUUAGGUGUGUUUUGAAAUAUGAUGCUUUUGUUAAUUUUUAGCGCGUUGGUGGCGUCAACUUGGGCGCAGAAAAUAGGCAUACAACAUUACAUAAGAGCUGAGAAAGCAUGCCUGCCGAAAUAUCCUCCAGAAGUGAAAGCUCAGCUUCACGAUUUGAAAGUAAAAAGGGUUUUACCUGAUGAUGCGAGCGAUGAUUUUAAGUGUUUUAUGAGCUGCCUGGGUCAAGAAAUGGGUUUGAUGGAUGAAAAAGGCGAAUUUCAUAAUGAAAAAUUGAAAGACUUGACGACCUCUGCAAUAUCAAGUACAGACGUUAUAACUCCUGAAGAAAUUCAUGCAGCUGUAGAAGAAUGCACGAAAAUUCAACACGAUGUCCUUUGUGAAAAAGUUCAUUUAUACUUGACUUGUAAUCACGAUAAAUUAAAACACGUCGAACUGCACUCUGAUAUGAAGGAGUCCACUGCAGAGUAAAGGUUCGCUUUGCCGAAGCCGAACCCUCGCCUCGUGUCCAGAUGAAAUAAACAACAACAGUGAAAAGUAACUUUAUAUAAAAACUAUUAAGCUUCAAAGCGUCGUGUUUUUAUUGAUUUUUGUAAAAACUAUUUAUUAUAAUUGUACAAACACCUUUGUUAUUUUUUUUUUUUUUGGUUUUUUGGCAUUAAAACCUUAAGAAUAGAAAAUAAUUGAUCACUAUAGAGUAUAAAAUCUGUUAUUUUUCAUUCCUUGUUUGGUGUUAUUUGAAAUGGUGUUUAUUGUAAGUAUUGCCAUAAAUAAUAAAGCAAUCAAAUUCGUUUGUAACGAUAGUGAAUCUUUAUCUUUAGCAUGUUCUCGGUUACUUUAAUUUUAUUGGUUGGCAGAAAUAAAGAUGAUGUACUCGAG